UAUAUAUUCUAUGAAGUAUUAUUAUAGUAUUAGUAGUAGUAUAGUAUUAUUCCCAGAGACAGGGUGCGCAAGGAGUAGUGUUUGCUGCUGACUAGUGUCGCCGUACUACAACUAAAAAACACAAAGUCUUUAUUUAGUAAACAUAGCAAUACCGUGUUGUGCCAUUGAAUAUCAAUAAUUUGUGAGCAUCAAUAUUUACACCCAAUGUAAGUGUCUCACCACCGGGUGUGUAGCGUGGUGUUGCUUAACUUGACUAGAUAAUCAUGUUACUAGCAACUGGAUGAGCGCAUAACAACCGCACCAACCGCGCGCUUGAAAAUGCGACAAAACUUGUGGACGAGUGGCCUCAUUUGUGUUAUCACCGGACAUGAAAAGGAAGGGCAACCGAGGGAGUCGGACGUCUCUGCAGGAAGAUCCAAUCUGUGAGCAAAAUGACCACAUUAUGGUCGGAGCCUCCGAUGUGUAAUGUGUAAUAUAUGACAGGCCAAGACUCAGGGCCGUGUGGUAUUGUGUUCUUUGGAGAGCAUGAUGGCUGAUGGAGGAUUGAAUAGUGAUGAAUGCUAGUCGGGUGAUGGAGCGGGAUUUUCAUAAAGGACUAGCAAGCGAAAGUAUUUCUCUAAUUCAAGCGAGGUCCGGAUGGACGUGGAUUCUUCCAGACAGCUGUCUCUUCUGAUUCCACCGCCGUUUUGGGGCGUUUUUGAAGAACCCUGUUUAGGCUCAUUAUGGAUGAAAGCCGAAGCCUCACGUCUAUUUUCUCCGUGUUGAAUGUGAGACCAACACUAUUGAUAAUCGGAAGAAGAGAAUCGCAGCUGGCAGUCGAUGCCCAAAUUUAUUAAAUGUUCUAUGAAGCUAUUUGAGGAUGCGGGCGGGAAAAACAACACUCGUACACAUCAUUUGAAGCUUGAGACGCUUUGAUAGGAUACAGGCUUCAUCAACACAUUGAUGCUCACUCUCCGCUCUUUAUUUAUGCUUUAAUUGAUGCAGCUUUGGUUACACUUGCAUAAAUGGAAUUUAUGAAAGUAAUUACAAGCAUUUUUACACCCUUGAUAAACAAUUACGUCAUGUUGCUUUCUUUCCAACAAGUCAGAUGGACUGGCAAGCUGUACUGGGGCUACAUGAUCCCUGCGGUACGCUGAGAAAAAAGUGUAAUGAUAUGUCCAAGGCUCUUCGAAGGACACGUGUCAAACUCAAGGCCUGGGGGCCAGGUUUGUACCGCCAAGUUUUUUAAGAGGCCUUCAACAGCUGUCAAACAUAGCAUUGGCUGAAAACUAACCUGAGCCCCACAAAUGCCAACACAGUGAUCAAUGAAGAUCAUUGUUCUCCUCGGGUUCAUGACUAGAUGGGGUUGGAGCAUGCAUUUAUUCCAGUGGACGCCGAUGUCUCUCCUUCCACAGCUGUAUGUGAAGUUGGUGGUUAGGGUGGUUAGGAGGUGAUUCCAUUCACCUGUAACCACAUUUGUCUGCAGCUCCAGCUCCUCUUUAAUGUAGGUUGUGGUUGCCAGAGGGGAUUGUUUUGAGCAGGGUUUGCCCAGCUUUCAUAAUGCCCUUACAAAAAUCCACCUUUGGCAUCUCAAAGAUCAGACGACACAUGUGGGUUUAAUCCAGUCGCACAUCCUGUGUACAAUAAAAGCCACUGGAGGCGGUGUAGCGGAAGAAGCGUUAAAACACUAGGCAUAGUGGUGUGAUCAUAAACAUGUCAGUGGAGUUAGGGAAGUCUUGGGAAUCCAUGAAAGAGUCGCUGGAUUUUGCCACUAAAUGGAGCCGCAACCAAUAAGCAUUAGAAUUAUAAGAACGUGUUUGUAACGUGUUAUAAAACACUGAAUAAAACAUAACUCACACAUCGCACCAUUUUUGCCACAAUAUUAACACGUUUGUAGACGCGUCUGCCCACGGGGAAUCUAACCCCCCUGAUCCUCAUUUCAGGCUUGCUCCUCCUCUAUUGUAUUUUCUCUUACAUCUCUGCAGAGGAGAGUUUCUGUGACAUCACCAGAGACAGACAACAAAGGAAGCCAAAGUAACACAAAUAUCUUUCAGACUGACAGCAAAACAGCCUUUCAUGUUACAACUAGCUCUGCGUGUGACAGGACUUGUGUUUCAGGGCUUCGCGAUUUCAUCAUCAUUUCUCUUCCUGGGCCUCUCCCGGUGUGCGGUGGGUAUUCAGACAAGUUUCCAGGUACUAAAUGCUCUGUAAACAGCUGCCAAGAGAGUUGCUAUAGUCUCAUUGCGUAACUACCUUCAGUAAUUUGCAAUAAACAGGUUGAAAGAGUCGCACAAUUUAGUCGUUUCUCUGUGCUGUUGUGGCAUUUGUGUUGCCAAAAUGAGGACUCUGAUGUUCAUAAAAGCAUAGGUUCUUUUUUUAUAGUCUGGACACACUUGAAUCCGUAUUUGCUUCCUGAAAUACACAAUGGCUAAAAGUAGCCAAAAUAGCCAAAAGUUUGCCAGAUUGUCAAGUGACUCAUCAUCAUCACGAAUCCUCAACCGUCUUCCAAAUACAAUCAUUUCACCCCAAACUGGCUGACUUUGUUGCCAGAUUCAUGCUACGAUUCGGGUCAUUUAGAAGACCCAUUUGUGCCCGAGAUUCACCUCUGUCUUUCGUAUUUCCACUUAACACUCUCUCCUCAUGAAACAUCCCCAUAACAUGAUGCAACCACCACUGCACUUCACAGUUGGGACACUGUUCAAACAUCCUCCAAACUGGGAGGGACCUGAUAACUUGCUUGACUUAGUUUCCAAUGACGUCUCUCAAAUGUUGUCGCUAUAUCUGUCGCUUCCAAUGCAUCAACAUCAUCUGGACCUUGAAACAGUCAUCUUAUUCAAUGUAAACAUUUUUUUUCUCUGCAAAAUACUGUAGCAGGAAAAUGGAUUUACUGUCAGACUGCGAGGAAUGUCUUUUUAAACAUUGUGUCUGGUUUCAACUGAGUCCCAAGGGUGAGUCCUACAGGCCCGUAUCGGUCAACAGCACAAAUCCUUGAUAGCGGAUAGCAAGUCAAAACAAUGGCAGAAAUCAGAAUCAAACAUGGUGCGGCAGUUGUUAAGCAUCUCAGUGUAUUCCUGAACGUAUUAGAUUUUUAAUGUUUUGGACUUAUUCGGUGACUCUUUAUAGAUUUGCUUUGCCUCUACUUUGACUUGUGAAUGGUCAACAAGGACAGCUGUGGGCGAGGAGGGUGACAUAAAAAAAAAAAAAAGUAUUUUUACUUAUUAAUAUAUUUUACAAAUUUUUCACACAAAAUUUUAUUUAUAGUCAAAAGUAUUUUUGUCUUAAUAAAAAAUUUAUUUCAUUAUAAAAAAAUCUAACAAUAUAUUAAAAACAAUAUACAUUUAAAACAUAAAAAAUCCUCUGUGCUUCCACUUUCUCUUUUCGAUCGUGGGUAACAAUACUCCUCUCUGUCGCCCACCUUGCUCUGAUGUAAAUAUUUGUCUAAAUAAUUGAAGGCUUUAAAGUUGACAUUUCCUCUGUUCUUGCACUUUACCCUUCUAAGAGUGGAACGUCCGAGUGCUGACUGUGUCACUCCUGUGCGUGUUGACACUCCCUGAACUCUUUGCUGUACCUGUGUGGAGAGUUGCCCUACACCCACCUCUCUCUCCCCCCACACACGUGCCCCCGUCACUCACCUUUCAAUGUUAACAGAUAUGGAUGGAAAUACAGACGACCCCUGAUGAACCCAGAUAUUGAGCCGCUUUAGAGCUGCGGGCUUUAGACAAUAUCCCUCCUUCACCAGACAAGCUGAGGCGGAGGGGCCUGGCUUUCUUGCUACAUCCGAGUUUUAUGGGAUUUGAGGCCCCUGGCGGGGCGACGGUUGCUCCCUUUUACUGCCUGCUAUAAUUAUCAGGUGAGGAAAACAAACAAAUCAGAGAAAGAAGAGUGUGUGUGGUGAAAAGAGAAGUGGGGACUGGUGAGAUCAGAGAGGAGUGAGGGGUCUAAUCUUCCUCCCCUGCGUCUUCAGCUUCUUCAUUUAAUUUCUCCCUGCCCUGCUGUCCCCUCCACCUUCUGCGACUCGCCCAUGGGCAGUGCGAGACAGAUGGGUGGAUGAUGGAUCUGACGUGAUAGACAGCAGGGUGAUGGAUGGACGGGCGGCUGAUAGGGGAUUAAUGUGGUGCCGGGGCCGCUGCAGCACAGCGGUAAGCUUAGUGAUAGAUAGAUAAAACUGACGAGGAGAUAAACAAGAGAGCGCUAAUCCACGCCCCCUUGAUGGACAGAAAAUCAAAGAUAGGGGGAAGAACCACAAAGCAAGAGGUGGAUCUAUAGACUGCCAUUGCGGGGUAGAGAUUUAAUAGGAGGGACUGUAAGUGGAUGCAGGAUAAGAUGAGCUGGGGGCUUCGGAGGGUCGGUGUUAAAGCAGUGGGUCAGUGAUAGCGCUUCUGCCUCAAGCUAAGACUUUCCAAAGCUGCCUUCUCUCCAGUUGCGUGGCCUUUUGCCCACGUGUGUCACUUAAAUCACUACAAACAGAAAAGACAGCUGACAUGCAUUACGAUUUUACACACACACACAGCUAUAUUAAAUGAAAUAGAGCUUAAAAUUCUCCGAUAUAUUACACCAAAUAGAACUAUAUUUUAGUGGCUUAUCUUUGGUUGGGUCGAAGAGGAGUCGCCACAUUCUACCUAACCAUCGCGACGGUGCUCACUGCACCUUUUAUUGGAGCAAAACUGAACUUUGCGGAACAGGAAUUAUGCAAAAGAAAUUGCCACUUUUUGCUUUAAAUUUUGCAUUCGUCAUGUUGAAGAUCUCACCACAUCAACGUCUACUCUUUUCUUUGUUGUCGCUUUUGUCCAGAAAAAUAAAUCAAUAUUCUGAUGUAGCGUUAGCAUUUCUAACUCAUAUUUAACCAUAUAUUUCGAUGCCACGAUAGAUUUUUCCUUUUAAUAUUUAACCUAAUGUCUCUUCAAUUGUUCACCUUGUUGGAUGUUGGAUUUGACUGAACACUUUCAAAUGCUUUGUAUUGGCAUUUUUUGGAAGGGGAGCGUCUAAUGACUUGAAUCUAAUUCCACACAAAGACUAAAAAUAAAUCAAAGUCAGUGUUUUGACGGAUUAUUAAAUAGAGUGAGGCAGAUUUCACAAUAAUCCCUUAAAGAUUUACGGUUUGGUGUUGUUUUUCUGAGAUCAAAAUGUUUUAAUUAAGGAGCUCAUCUUGUAAGAAAAAGCAUUGCAAGAUUCAGAAAUUAAUGCUAAAACAUUGACCAAGAAAAUGUGUUUUGAAAGUGGGAUGUUUACAUUUACAUUUAGUGGCCCUUAUAGGUGCUUGAGGAUAAAGUUGUAUUUCGUGUUAGUGUUGUUGUCAAGACCCGAGACCCAGACCAGAGCGAGACUUGGAGAGCCAGUGACCGAGUUGACCCCAAGACCCAAGUGAAUACACAACAAAGUACUAGUUUGUUCCAAUGGAAACAUUUCCGUUCUUGAUUUAUUUUGAAAAAAAUCAAGUUCUUUUGCUGGAAGAAAUAUGCUUCUCAGUAUGGCGAAUAGAGUUACACUUCUGUAUUCAGUUUGGUCUCAGUUUCGCCCCCGUCAGUCCCAGUCUUGGCCCUCAAAGUGUUGGUCUUGGACCCGCUCUAGUCCGGGAUUGACGGUCUCGACUGCAACACGACAAUAUACAAGUACGCUUGAAAGGAACAUCAUUUUUGCUUCUUGUUUUAGACAUAUGGUGGUUUUUUAUUUUGGGGUUGAUGGCUCUUAUUUAUUUCAAGAGGCUGUAGCUUGAAAACUAUUAUAGAUGAAUUCAUACUGUGUUCAGUCUGACCUUAAGUUUUGGAUGGAAGUCAAUUGACUCAUUUGUAUACGAUGACAUCACCUGGUGGUGCCAUAGUCACAUAAACUCAAUCGUCUCCUCAUGGAGGGCCGGUAUUUCUGCCAAUACUUUGAUAGAAACACGCCCACAAAUGUUGCUCAGAUUGAAGCUACAGGUGUGCGCAACCUGGUUGUAUAAAGCAGAAGCUACGUCAGGCUUCAAAUUUGCAGCUUGGCUUGUUUAAAUGCUGUGAUGUCACUUGUUUCUUGGCACAUUGCUGGACAAAUGUCCAUGCUUUUAGAAAAAGAUGGACAGCAGCUCUUGCAAAUUCCAGCGUCCAUGUGGACCAGACUAAGACAAGAGGUGCAGGGUUUAAUGAUAUGUGGGUGACAGUGAGUGAUGGUGAUCUGCUAUUCUGAGUGAUGGCGAGCUCUUUGACUGCAGAGGGGAAAUGGGAAAUCGUGGCAAAUUGGCCCUAGUGGAGUGUGAUGGUUGAAGUGGAGGGAAUAUACUGGUUGGGGAUUAAAGAUGGGAAUGAUUGUUGUAUCUGUCAGUGCGUUUAAUUCAUUCCCCUCCGCGCCGCAGUACUGGGAUGUGAAGGUUUUGUCGGGGUUUUUAUGGUAAUGUGACUCUGGCAGCUGGUGGGUUGAAAGGCCCGUCGUGAUGAAAAAACGGACAGAGGAGUAAUUCUGAAAAUAGUAAACAGCCAGACUAUGUUUGCAUUAUUAUCGAGCGCUUAGCUACGUCUCUGUACACCAUUUCAGCGGACCCCAGGGGUUCUGGCAUCGAUCCUGGACUCUUGGAAUGUACUCCGGUGUCACCUAUUUAAACAUCGCGAGCCGCUAGCCAACAGAGAAACGCCUUUAUUUAUCAAGCUUCUCAUUUUGGCCGCAUGGACGACAAGCCGAUUAGCACUUGAAGAGACUCCUGAAUCUUUCAUGGGACGAGAUGGGGGAGAUCUGUUCAGAUGGGGAGACAGUUAUGAAGGCUAAACAGUGAGAUGAGGUGUCACCCAGAGGUGAGCAACAGGGAGGAACGGGCUGAAUGAGAAGUUGACAGAAGAAUGGCUGAGAAGGAGCAGGAGUGAAAGGAUAAGAGCCGGGGAAAGAAUGCAAGUGGGGAGCGUUGCCAAAGAUGGGGGGGAACAGAUGAGAGCACAAGUGGUUGGAACAAUGAGUGAAUGUGGAGUGAGUGGGUGAGAGUAUUGUGAGUGGGGAGAAGGAAUGAGCAAAUGAGCAAAUUGUUAAACUAACAAGUGGGUGGCAGUUGUGUUUGUGUGGGUGCAGAAACAGAUGUCAGAGCAGGGUCAAAUGAAUGAGUGAUGGGAGGAAAUUGAGCCGCUCAUUUGGGGAUGUGUGCAUCAGGCCUCCACUUUAGGCUGGUGAAAUUCUCAAAAUAGAUUUUUCACAUUCCGUGACAGCAGCUUGUGAUCCACUCACAGGUGACUCAUUGUCCCAAAUUGUUUGACUUCUCCCUGCCACACAUUACAGUUUGAUUCGGGUUAAAUGAAUCGUCCAACUGGAACUCUCCUCUGGCAGCGUGUUCUGACUUUUGUUUUGGCUUCUUGGAUGCGUAUGAAUGAUUUAUACGAGUAGGUGACACAGUCGGCUUUUCAGUUUUCUGAAAAUAUAUCCCGAAAUAUCUCUCCUUCCACAGCCUUUGUCUGAGACUCAUAUUCUUCCCUCCUCUGUUCAUCAUGCUUUUUCGGAUCAUUCCGUGCAGUUCUGCCUUCCAUGACCAUAUAAUGUGUUUAUUUUUAUUUGGGCCAAAACUGCACCACAUCACCUUGACAUUUCUUCAUCCAGUGUUUGAAUCGCAAAUAUUAAUAAAGUCCCACUAUUGUCGCUUAUUUAUAGGUUUAAAGUUGUUUUUACAUGAUGAAUAUUUUAGUAUUGUGGCAGGAUGCAUCAAAUGUGAUGCAUAUAUCUCAUUUUAAAAUCAAGAUCUGAUGUUUAUUUUUAUUAUUUUGGUCCUAAGGACCAAUAAAAAGCUAAGAAUUUCAUGGUCCACUUUUGAACGCAUUAAUGAAAUCCCAUGAAAUUCUUUUGAAUUUCUUUAACCAUAAUUCUAUAUAUUGCAUCCAUCAGAUCACCCAAGUAUUUUUUCAUUUAAAAAAUAUAGUUAUACAGUUUAUAUAGUUUAUGGACUCUAAAAUGAGUCACGUGUUUUCGUGCUUGCUUGAUCUAACUGCUGUGGUGAGGGUCCCGACAGGGCCUCAGAUAUUCACCAGGCCCCUCCCUAAUCUUGUCCCUAAGGCUCUAAGAAUUACAAAACAAAGUUGUAUGAAAACUGAACCCAUGGAGCGAAACUUAAGGUCUCUACUCGAUGGGUGACGUCACCUUAAGGGAACCUGUUUUGGCUGGCGGUAUCCACAUUCCCAGAGCAGGCUUGGCAAGAUUGAAAUUUAAUUGAAAGCUGCAGAUCUCUGCCCCGUGGCAACAGUUUUAUUACAAUCCCCCGCUUUUCCAUCCGCCACUCCAUCCUGUCCACACUCUCUUCUUCACUCAUCCACAAAGCCCUUUUGUCUCCCCCAACAAAGCGGAGGCAUAAAAACAUGUUGGCACGCAGCAAGUGAGAAAGAUUUCAAUUAAAAAUAGAUGAUUUUAUUUUCUCUUCCAGUCGGAGCAACGGUGAGCCAUGCCAGAACGGAGUUGGAGUUGUUAGAGAGCAGGGACAUGAUUCAUUCUCUUUCCUCUGGGAUGGAAGUGGCUGAAUGACAAGAAGCACAAAUAUGUGUGUUUAAAGAGACAGUGGAGAUUUAGUUGAUGUUGAAUGUUUCGGACAAAUCUUUCGUCUGAGCUUGAGCCGCCGCGGCUAACGGAAUUACGGUUGUAUGAUGUCGAGGGAAUUGUCGGGGUGUUUGUGCGUGUUUUCUGCUGCUGCCUUGUGCAUCCGCUGCCCUCUCUGUCACCUCUGUCGUCGGCGUGAAGGUCUGACCCUGACGUGGUCUCCCUCGGAGACUGACUUGAUCAAACUUCAUUAUUUAUGCUGUAUCAUGUUUCACCAUCAAUCCAGCCGCGGAACAAUUGAGACAGAUUUCCCUGGCUGUCGCAGUACCAGUGAGACACAGCAGAGGUUGGAAAUGGGAUUAGCCUUAAAUGGAAUUUAAUUUCCACCAUUGUUGCCUCUGAAGCCUGUCUCCCGCCCAGACACCGUGACGCGCCUCCAUAGUGCUUUCACCAGCCGUGCACAUGUGCAAAUGUAUCCAGCUUAGAAAAACCUAAUGCAAUUGUGUUUCUGCUCCUUCCAUCUGCAUUUAUUAAUGAAAAAUGCAUAUGUGGAGACUGAUGCAGAACCUCUUGAGAAGCAAGAUGGAAUCCUGAUGCCAGUGUGGAGGAAAUGCGACACGCGUCUGCACUCUAUUUUUAGAUCCAUAUGUGAUUUUUGACAUGAAUCUGCACUGCAAUGUCAAAUACAUAUGAAUCAGAAAGUGUCCGAUUUAGGGCAGGAAUACAUUAAAUUAUUUAUUUUUGUAUUCUGGGGAGGAGAUUAUUCUGUUGAGAAAAUAUCAAACGUGUUGGCUUGAUGUACCAAGGGGAGUAAUGACUUGAACACUGUGUUACUUCAAUAUAAAAGAAAUCACACCAGUGUUCCAAAUGAUGUGGACUCACUGUAGUUACUCAAAUCUCCAUUAUGAAAAUUGGUUACAUGCAGCGGUCAGCCUGUAACUGAGAGGGUUCAGCUCCAGAUGUGCUCACGAUACUUGACUCCAGAUUGUACCUGAUGGUUGUGCGGUUUUCUACUUGUCCUGUGCGACUAGGAGUCUCAACAGAAUAUUCAGUUGGUCGCUCUAAUGUUACGGCAUUAAUUUCAGCGUCAAUAGACUGUUUUGACACGUGCGGUUGGAGGUGAUCUAGUUUUCACUGAUCUACUACACUCACACAUAUAUAUAAAACUCUUACAGGCCGCAUAAAAUGACUCAGUGGGCCAGAUCCGGCCCCCAGACCUUGUGUUUGACACCUGUGGUCCAAUGAUUUUUUUGAGAAGCCUGGCAAAAGGAGUCAAUGGUUAUACAUUGUAAUCCAAAUAUAUUAUUUUCUGCCUCAAAAUUUUGUGUUUGUUGUAGUGUGUAUGUAUCUAAGUGGAUGUAAGUUACUAGUUCCAUAAAGCACUGCAUCUGUAUUCAAAAUCACUACUUGUAAAUAGCUUUGGUUAUAUAUAGAGUGUGAGUUUCCGUUCUGUCUUCUAUGAUGUUGACUCACGUGCGAAUAGGUCAUGUGACACCGUUUUUUUUUUUUUCCGUUUCCACGCCGGCGUCAUUGGCUGCCGCCUCUGAUGAAUUCUGUUUGCUGUUUUUCCCUGACUUCCUCGCUCUCGCCUUUCCAUGAGCUUAACACGGAACAUGAUCAAUACUUGAAUUAAUGUGUAAGUAAAGAGGCAAAACAUGUCACCCAGGCCUUGGCUCAGCCUGCCACCCCCCCACCAGCUGGGAGAUGGAUCCGGGCGAGGAAGAGCAACAGAGAGUGGCGAAGAAAUGUGUUUGUUGAUAAUGUGAAGCAUAAUGGAAUGAAUCAGAAUGUAUUAGCAUAGUAGCAACUUUCUUUGAGGGCUGAAUUUAAAAGAGCUUAUAUUAGGACACUGUAUACAUUAUGACCCAGGCAACAAUAAUACAUUAAAUAUUCCCUGGAAUUUACUUAUCAUCAGUGCUGCUAUCCUUUCGGUGGUAAGCCCCGCCUCUUCUGGGACUCAACAGCCCUGGGUGACGCUACCGAACCAAUGGGAGUGAGAGAUGGCUUCUGUCACUGUUUGUUAUUGCUGUAAACGCAUCAGCAAGUAAACAACAAUAAUGUCGGGCUUAAUGUUCUGGUAGGAAAAGGUUUUCAAGGAAAUCCAGAGCUCGGAUUGUACUGUUGAGUCCCCUGAUUUAUUCAUAGUUAGCAUCGCCAUGUCCGAAAUGUCUCUGUAGAGAGAUUUUCCUUUUUAAAUUUGAGACGUACCAACAAUUCAAAUACUCACAGGAAACACUUUUAAAAUGGUGGAGGGAGGAGAGGAGACUGAAUGAAGCACUGUUUCUUCACCUUGUGUUUUCUAAUCCUUUAUUAAACAAUCCUGUUUCUAUCUACUGACACACAAACACGCAGACACAUGGGCCACAUGCAUUUGUAUUUGCCCGGUGCUGGGUGGUGCUUGGCAGCGGAAAUGAAGGCUAACAGCCAUGGCAUCUGUCUCAGCAGCAGGAGAGUCCCGCCUCCACACCCACACAUGACCUGCCCUGCUUUCAUUCACUGAACGCCUGCUGCCAGCCUCAGCGCAGGCCACUGCCUCCGCCGCCGCCUCUCUUCCCCCUUCGUCCCGGCUUCUUCUUCACUGCCAACCGCUCCGUGCCCAAGUUUCGCCCCUUCUAAACAACAACCAGCAGUCGGGUGAUAUGGCUGCUUGAAAUAUUCAUAACCGGCGCUCUCGCUCCCCUCCAUUUUGAGAAGCAGUCUCCCGGCUGCUCACGCUCGUACUGCCUUUUGUCAACUGCUGUGUGGUGGCUACAUGCUUUAGCACAAUAAACUGACCCCCCCCUAGGGAGGGUGAAGCCCCCAAUCACCUGUGCCGAUUGAUCACCUCUACGGUUUCCCCACCUCCUGGUCGGCUUCCACCAUGGCUCUAGCGCUCUGGAUUGUCUUCGCCUGCGCUGUGGCUUUCAGUAACAUUACACCGUCCUCACAAGCUCUGAGCCGCUCAAUGAUGCCCUUUGGCUUGAUGCGUCGGGAGCUGGCUUGCGAGGGCUACCCCAUCGAGCUACGCUGCCCAGGAAGUGAUGUUAUCAUGAUUGAGACGGCCAACUACGGGCGCACCGAUGACAAGAUAUGCGACGCCGACCCUUUUCAGAUGGAGAAUGUGCAGUGCUACCUGCCCGACGCCUUCAAGAUAAUGUCACAGAGGUGUAACAACCGCACCCAGUGUGUGGUGGUGGCGGGGUCAGACGUGUUUCCGGACCCCUGCCCGGGGACGUACAAGUACCUGGAGAUCCAGUACGAGUGUGUACCCUACAUCUUUGUGUGUCCGGGGAAGCUUCUGCUGGUGCUGCCAGCCAGCUCCUUGCAGGAGGUGGAGCACCAGGCCGGAGCGUGGUGUAAGGACCCGCUGCAGUCCGGGGACCGUCUCUAUGUCAUGCCUUGGACCCCCUAUCGCACAGACAUGCUGUUUGAGUACAACUCCUGGGAAGACUUCAAACAGAGCCGAGCAACCACCACCUACAAGUUACCCAACCGAGUCGACGGCACAGGGUUCGUGGUGUACGACGGCGCGGUGUUCUACAACAAAGAACGCACAAGGAACAUAGUCAAGUAUGACCUCCGCACACGCAUCAAAAGCGGAGAAGCCAUCGUCGCCAACGCCAACUACCACGACACCUCGCCGUACCGAUGGGGAGGCAAGUCGGACAUCGAUCUGGCGGUGGACGAGAACGGCCUGUGGGUGAUCUACGCCACUGAGGCCAACAAUGGCAAACUGGUGGUGAGCCAGGUAAAUCCAUACACACUUCGCUUUGAAGGGACAUGGGAAACCGGCUUCCACAAAAGGUUGGCUUCCAAUGCCUUCAUGGCAUGUGGCAUACUCUACGCCCUGCGCUCAGUCUACCAGGACGACGACAGCGAGGCAGGCGGCGAUGUCAUCAUGUACGCCUACAACACUAACCACGGCCGCGAGGAGACGGUCAGCAUUCCCUUCCCCAAUCCGUAUCAGUACAUUUCCUCGGUGGAUUACAACCCCAGGGACAACCAACUUUACGUCUGGAACAACUACAAUGUGCUGCGAUACCCGCUGGAGUUUGGAGUCCCAGACCCGACCACGGGGCCUUUGACCACCACACAAAUGACCACCACUUUUCCAGCCAGGCCGUUUACCUCCAGUGCCAGCCCCUCAACCGCCCGCCCUCUGGCACCCACCUCGCGACCAAUUGGCUCCAUCAACAAGCAUCCAGAUCUUCGGCCAAUUACAGCCACGGUGCCGGUGACUCGCUGGCCGUCACUUCCUCCUGUUGGAACAGGACCCCAGUUUUGUGAGACCAAGCUGGUCCGCGGAAUCCAGUGGCCCACGACUCAGAGCGGGGAGACGGUGGACCGACCAUGCCCCAAAGGAUCUCUAGGCAUCGCUUCAUUCCUCUGCCUGGCGGAUCAGGUCAUGUGGAAUCCUCGAGGUCCUGACCUGAGUAACUGCACGUCCCCGUGGGUCAACCAGGUGGCGCAAAAGAUCAAGAGUGGUGAGAAUGCUGCUAACAUAGCGGGCGAGCUAGUGAGCCACACCCGCGGUCGGAUCCAGGCAGGAGACAUCAGCUCAUCUGUAAGACUGAUCGAGCAACUGCUGGAUAUUCUGGACGCGCAGCUCCAGGCCCUGAGGCCGGGGAACAAGGAGUCCCCUGCACGCAACUUCAACAAGUUCCAAAAGCGAGAGCGGACUUGCCGAGCCUACAUCCAGGCGGUGGUGCAGACGGUGGAUAACCUGCUGCGACCCGAAGCUCUGGAGGCGUGGCAGGACAUGAACAGCACCGAACAGGCUCACACCGCCACCAUGUUGCUGGACAUCUUGGAGAAGGGAGCCUUUCUACUGGCCAAUAACAUGAUCGGAAACCGCUUUUCGGAUCAAGCUCCAAGCAUCGAUUUGGAGGUGCACGUCCUGAACACAGAGAUGGACCUGCAGAACCUGUCCUUCCCUCAGAGCUACACCGCCGACAGCACCAUCCAGCUCUCAGCCUCCACCAUCAAGCAGUACAGUCGAAACGGACAAGUCAAGGUGGUCUUCAUCCUCUACAAGAACCUGGGAUCCUUUCUGUCCACGGACAACGCCACGGUCAAGAUGGAGGUGGACGGAGGGUCGAGUCACGGUCGAAGACGCUUGGCGGUUAAUUCCCACGUCAUCGCCGCAUCCAUCAACAAAGAGUCCAGCAGGGUGUUUCUGACGGAGCCGGUGGUCUUUACUCUCAAACAUCUACAGUUGGAGAAUUUUCACAAUCCAAACUGCUCCUUCUGGAACUACUCGGAGCGCUCCAUGACAGGCCAGUGGUCAUCGCAGGGCUGCCGGCUGGUUGGCGCCAACAGCACACACACCACCUGCUCCUGCAGUCACCUCACCAACUUCGCAGUGCUGAUGACUCACCACGAGCCCGACUACCAGGGCCGGAUGCACGAGCUGAUCCUGUUUGUCAUCACCUGGGUGGGGAUCGUCAUCUCGCUGGUGUGUCUGGCCAUCUGCAUCUCCACCUUCUGUUUCCUGAGAGGUCUGCAGACAGACCGCAACACCAUCCACAAGAACCUGUGCAUCAACCUCUUCAUCGCCGAGCUCCUCUUCCUCAUCGGCAUCGACAAGACCGACUACCAUAUCGCCUGCCCCAUCUUUGCUGGUCUUCUGCAUUUCUUCUUCCUGGCUGCCUUCUCCUGGAUGUGUCUUGAGGGGGUUCAGCUCUAUCUCAUGCUGGUGGAGGUGUUUGAGAGCGAGUACUCCCGUAAAAAGUAUUACUAUCUGUGCGGCUACUGCUUCCCCGCCCUGGUGGUGGGCAUCUCUGCGGCCAUCGACUACCGGAGCUACGGGACCAAGAAAGCAUGCUGGCUGAGAGUGGAUAACUACUUCAUCUGGAGCUUCAUCGGACCUGUGUCCUUUGUCAUCAUGCUCAACCUCAUAUUUCUCAUGAUCACAUUACACAAGAUGAUUCGCAACUCUUCAGCGCUGAAACCCGACUCCAGCCGCCUGGACAACAUCAAGUCGUGGGCUCUCGGUGCCAUCGCUCUUCUCUUCCUGCUGGGCCUCACGUGGGCUUUUGGCCUCUUGUUUAUCAACGAGAACACGGUCAUCAUGGCCUACUUGUUCACCACCUUCAACGCCUUCCAGGGCAUGUUCAUCUUCAUCUUCCACUGCGCCCUCCAGAAGAAGGUCCAUAAGGAGUACAGCAAGUGCCUGCGCCACUCCUACUGCUGCAGCCGCACCUCCACCACCAGCUCCCACGGCUCCUUGAAGAACUCGGGCCUGCGUGCCAACAACCGCUACUACAGCGGCAGCCAAGCUCGCCACGCAGCGGCCCACAGACAGAGUCGGAUUCGCAGGAUGUGGAACGACACGGUUCGGAAGCAGACAGAAUCUUCCUUCAUGGCAGGGGAUAUCAACAGUACCCCGACACUCAACCGAGCGACCAUGGGGAACCACCUCCUGACCAACCCGGUGUUGCAGACGCGCACUGGAACAUCGCCUUACAACACGCUGCUGGCAGAGAGCUUCACCCCGCCUUCACCUGGAGUCUUCAACUCUACCGGAACCUUUCGUGACCCAAAGAACACGCUAUCAAAAGCCCGCGACCCCUGUGGGAUGGAAACCUUGCCACUGAACGGUAACUUCAACAACAGCUACUCUCUGCGCGGCGGUCCAGGAGGCGGAGGUGGCGGAAGCUGCGAUUUCCUCAGCGGGGGCGGAGAUAGUCCUCCAUCGCUCCUUAAUCCUCGCUGCUCAGAGACCCUGGGAGGGGGAGGCAUCCGGAGAAACCUAUCUGACGCCGCCGCCUUUGAGAAGAUGAUCAUCUCCGAACUUGUACAUAACAACCUGAGAGGCGGUAACGGAGGAGGGGACGCCGGAGAGCGGGUGUGCGGCAGCUUAGCCAGGGGACACCCCGGCGGCGGAGUCGGACGCGGGACGGGGGUCAGACCGGAGGCGUGCGCGAGCAUGGAGGAGGAGGAGGACUUUCUCAGAGAGGCGCGGCAGCGAGCCCCGCAGGAUGUGGAGCUGCUCUACAAAGCCCUGGAGGAGCCGCUUCUGUUGCAAAGCGCCCAGUCGGUCAUCUACCAGAGCGAUCCGGAGGAGUCGGAGAGCUACACGGCUGACCUCACCGAGAGCCUGGGCCACUCCGGUCACAGCGGACAGAGCGUCGGCGGCCGAGCUCCAGACUCCCCGGCGCACGACUCCCUGUACACCAGCAUCACCAACCCGCGAGACUCGCCGUACCCCGACAGCAGCCCCGAGCCACUGGAGGUGGUCCCGCGAUCGGCGCAGCCACCCGAGGAGCUCUAUUACAGCUCCGGGCGCCCCGCUCUGGGCUCCAGAGGGGCUCCCAUGCAGACCUUCUACCAGGCCCCUAACCGGAGGCCGAGCGGCGAGGGACAACAGGCCCAAGAGCCGGCCCACCCCGACGGAGACGGACAGAUGCAGCUGGUCACCAGCCUGUGACCGGAGCCUUCGGAAGAAAGUCGGGGACUCGAUCUCCGAGUGGGCCCUCCCCAACGUCACAUCCGUCCUGCUCGUUCGGUUGCCUUUCUUUCUCUUGACUUUGUUUUGUCGAACAUUUGAACUACAGUGACCUUUGGGGAAAUCCAGCGCAACUUUGCGGGAGUUUUUCGAUGUCCGCCGACGAACGAUAGAUGUUUUCUUACCGAGCAUUCUUCUCAAACUCCGGUCCCUCCACCGUCCUUCGGCCAAGUCCAGCACUCUGAAUGUACCGUCCAUCCCCUCUUCCUUCCGACGUAUCACGGCUUCGAUCUUAAAAUUGUCAUCAGAUCUUAAAAGGGAAAUAUCAAUCGAAACGUUUUCUCUCCUUCAGUCCAUCUCCUCAGCAAAGAGACAGCGAACGCUACAGUACGUAACCCAAAAACGUCUCACAGGAAGAUAGUCAUUGUUGCCAAAAAUAUCUCUUAUUGAGCCAGAACUAGAACAUUCACAGUCAAACUAGAACACACACACACACACACACACACUUAUCCAGAAGCGCUCAUUACCGAACAUCCCGAGCGAAAGCAACACUCCAAGUAAAAAAGGAGCUUUUGUGCCGAGCAGACGGCGGAAGUUCAGUAUAGUUGCCUUCAUUUCCUCUUGCUGUGAAUCAAUGACUAAAGAACUUGAGCAAGGAGCACGUGAAGCGGGGGCUGUCACGCCCCUCCACAGCAGGAGACCCUUCACUUUACAAAGCGGCCAGUCCUCUCCACUCUUCUGUUGUUUUAGCUUCUGGCAUCGGAAGAACCAACCGAGCGCCUCGCCGUUAUUUUGGAGAGUAUUAUACGGGAUCUGCAUAGUCCGACCGGUGCCGCUCCACCUCCCUGUAUUCGCUGUUAGAGCUUAGCCAGUCGAAGUGGACUUGUUCCUGUGUGUGGUUGUGACAAACAAGACUGUAAGAAAAAGCCACCGGCCAAACAUUUGCUAUAACCAUGUACAUACGAUCCACACAUGAAUCUACUUUAUUCCUACUGUGUAAAUAGAGACACCAGAUGAUCAAAAGCAACAAAAAGUAUACAAAUACUAUGAUAAAUGACUUCUUGUACUGGAACAAAGAGAAAAAAAUAAAAAUGUUUUGGAGUUUGUGACUUGAAUGAAAGGUUAUGUCUGUCUACGCCUAUUUUUUUUUUUUUUUUUUUUUUUUUUUUUGCGCUCUAAUCCCAUCAACGCUUACGUGAUGCAUUUAAACAUCAACAUUUUUUGUAGCCAAACUAAGGGUACUCUUUAAUUAUGUCACUCAAUAUGGUAUUUUCGAAGUCGGAAAGUCACAGAAUGUGGGAAGAAUGAAUGCAGUCUAAUCUAAUUCGCUCCACUCUGAGUAUGCUAAAAGCUAUUCUGAAGCAUGCGUUGUCCGAAUCUAAGCAACUUGUCGAUAAACCCCAGGAUGAAGAGGACAUACUGAUUGUUUCCAGCUGUGUAUUUGAUUUAUUCUUAAACUUCUAUGCCCGUUUACAUUCAGGGAAGCCAUCUUGAAUUGCGAACCUUGGGUGGUAAGAAUUCUCCCGACUGGAAAACCAUUAUUCCCAGCUCUGACUGCCACUUCCGAGGUAACUGCAACAAAGCAGAAAGUGAUCCAGUAAAGAACAUGAUUCGUCUGCCUGUUACCGUCGCGACUUUGUUAGCAUCUGCUUUGCUGCUGGACCUCAGGAAUUUGGUCUUUGAUUCUGCUAUAUCUGCGGCCUGCAGGUUAUAGAUUUGGGCUCCUACCACUAGAACAUGUUAUUUGUUGAGUGAUUUAUUGGUUGAAGGAAAUUACAUUUAUGCUGCAGGUCUUUUGAGCGGGUGUUAGCUGUGUUGCUAACUAGCAUAAGCUAACAUACAAACAAAAGUGGUGGAAAAAGCGGGGCCAGAGUGAAACAGACAAAAAGAACAAAUAUUUAUUGAAGUGUAGAACUGAAAAUAUUGUAAAAGCAUAAUUUAGCUGUGGCAGAAGUGUACAUUUUUGCACGUAAAUGAUACGUAUAUUCCGUCAGCAUUGACACUGCAGUAUGAACUUGAUUGACAUGCGUGGCCUAUUGGGAAAAACAGGAUGAGCAUUUUUGUUAUUAUUUCCGAAACUGAUUCCCUUUCGUUGUUUUCUGCCAAGCUUGUAUGACAUGGUUUGUUUCUCAUAUUUACAUAGUAGAAGAUCUAUUCUUCUUUUAUUGAACAUUACAGUUCAACGCUGUUGAAUUGUACUGUAUGUGAUUUAUGAAUGCACAUGGGAACUAAUAGAGAGCAGCAGAGGCUCAGGAGGGAAUGGAAAAAUAGAAAAAAUAAAUGUCUUAAUAGACGGUGAGAGCAGCACAUCUAGCUUGAAAGUUGCAGUCAAACAUCUGUCGCUUACUCCAGAACUCUGGCUCAAUUACAUCACCUUUUUAAUAAUCUAAUACCACUCUGUUUUCUGACUGAGCUCAUAAAGAUGUUUUUUUUUUUUAAACAGUGUGUCUUGAAUACAAACAAUGACCUUUACAUCAAUUGUAAAAUACCCUAUUGUAAAAUAGUAAUAAAAAUGAUAAUAAAAAAAAUAUAUUUUUUUUUUAAUUCUGAAAUAUGAAAUUAACCUAGUAUGAUGAAAUAUCCUUGAUGAGAAAUACUUUAUUUAAUGUCCCACACAUUUUAAACAUUGUAAUUGUGACUUUAAUUUUGUUUCUGUUGACAUUUAUUUUCAGUAAUUUCUGUCUCCCAGAUGCCUGUCCUAUAGUCAGCCUCGAGGAAGCCUCCUAAAAGGGCUGUUUCUACCAGUAGUUGCCUGAAUUGAUCAGAAUCUUGACACUCUGUGUGACCCUAGAGCGACACCGCGGUCGGUGGGACGGCCAUCCGCCGAGAGAUGUCGGCCGGAGAAGUUGGGAUCUGCCAUUUGAGCUUCAUUUAUUCUGGUACCAAUAACAGCGUAUUCUUCUGCAACAGUGACUGGCUUGCGCCUGACUUCCAGCUGAACCCCAGAGUUGUUCUGGUUGUUUGUUUACAAAUAAAGGCGGAUAUGCACAUGUAUUCCGCUCUGCUGCCACGCCGAGCAACAUGGCUCAGCGGAGGGGCGCCGCGCUGACAACAAAUGAAUGUUUGGAGUUUAUUCUUUCUUUUUUUUGUAACCAGCAGAGAGCUGGAGAUUGCCAUAACCAUGUGUUUCCCUGCCUCUCAUUAUCUUUAACUCCAUCCCUCCUUCUUUGCGUUCGACACGUCGGUCUGCGGAGCUGGGGGAGAACAGUGUUUUCAGUGUUUCCCGCGAGAGGGGGGCGAGUGCGUCACCUUGGGCCUCCUUCGCUCCUCCUUCCCAUUCUCUCCCGUCUUCUCCGCUCCCAGUUCCAUCCACAUUUUAAUAUCAGUCUCGACGGACUCCAUUAGUGCAGCACUUCUUUGCGAGUGUUAAUUUGUUUUGUCAAAAGCUUUGUUUAUCCCAGAUUAAUAUCUCAAUAAACAGAGGAGAGCUCCACAGUGCUGAAUGAUGGUGAUUAUACAGUAGAAGGUCCGCAGCCCACGCGGGGAGGAGUGACGCCGCGGGGUUUUCUACACCCGCCAAACUACUAUUACAGUAAUCACCCACUGGCUUCUCAUUGACUGCCUGUUUUCUCCGGCGGGUCUUCCCUGGUUCCGGGUCAUCUUACUGAACCAGAGCCAUUUCCAAUGUUUUGGGGGUUUUUUUGUUUGUUUUUUUAAACAUAAUGUCCCACCUCCAACAUAAA